AUGGUAGCAACCGUUGCUUCUCUACCUCCCAACAUUUUGACCAACAACUUGGUCCCUACAGAGCCUUCGGCGCACUCCCCUCUCAACGACCCACACAUGUCUAACUCGCCCCACCCCUUCCCGCCUGUGCUGGACCGGAAGCCGGUUCUGUCAUCCGGCGGAAGUAUCAGCGGGCCCAUCAAUCUUCUUGCCGACGUCGCUCUUGAUUCCAGUAUCAGUGCGACCAGCUUUCAGAAGCCCAGCAUAACGUUGCCCUUGUCCUCACCCUCCGGUGCCCAUCCUGGCGGCCCACAUCCUCACGACCAGGAGCGCCUUCCCAAUGUCCGGGCUGGGGACCGUCGUGGCUCCCUUGUCUUGGAACACCCUGGAUACGAGAGAAGCCUUGCCGGAGGACACUCGCGUCCGCGUGGGCCUCCCGCUUCCAUGGAUGUUGAUUGGCAGAAGCAGAUCCCAAGAUUUCCCCAGCAGGCCGUCUACUCGCCGCUGCCGUUCACCGACAACCGCCCGUGGCAGCACGAAGAUGGCAACCAAGGCCACGGCAGCAACAAUUAUCAGAUCCACCACGAGCAGUUUAAUCGCCCCCAUUUCUCUCCCAUGACCAACUCGUAUCCCGACUACCCCUUACACUCGCCGGUGAUGGCCAUGAACCACGGUGGCGGGUAUACCCCACCCCAGCCCGGAGGACACGACGCCACCAGGAUAGGUUCACAGAUCGGAGGUUCUGGCAACGGCCGCACGGUCCAGCCGCCGCCUCGUCCAACUGCCCGUGGCACCCAGUCGUCUUCGGCCAUCAACCUCACUCGGCCAUCAGCUUGGCCAGACCGCAACCACCCAGACAAUGCAGAGCGCUACAGCCAGCACAUGUCCCUUCAUGGUAGGCGUGAAGAGUUCAACCAGUCGCCGCAGGGAGGACCGAGCAACCAGCGCCCCGGGUGGGCACACACUGGCCAGCAUGGCCAGCAUGGCCAGACAGAGCCUGCGCGUGGGCCACUUCCUCCUCCUCUCCGAAGCCCGCAUGACACCGACGAUCAGCACAGCAGAUAUUCGUCACGCAGGGACCAGGGGUCACUGUCGGCCACGACUGUGUCAACUUCGGGCAACCGUUUCUCCCCCUUGAGCCAAAACCAACCCCAAACCCAGCGCGAGAUCUCGUCUCAGUCUCGGAUGAGCGACAUUAAUUGCGACCCAAACCCGUCCUCGCCUCCUCCUGACAUCGAGGACAUGGAUGACGAUGGCGACAGUGACGAUGAUGAAAGCAUGUCCUCGGAGGAAGACGACGACGAUAACGAAAAUGAGGACGAGCUGGACGACGAAUACGUUCCCGGCUCUCUUUCUCGCACGUCUCCUCGUCGUGCUCGCCGGAACGAACCCAUCAUCAGCCCAGGUCCAAGUUCCACCCGCCCCCGUCGUGACUCUGUCGAAGGUACUCGUGCUUCAGGUCGCCUUCAGAGCAAGCGCCAGCCUGAACGCGACGACAGCCCCGAAGGCGAUGAGCUUUUUGAGAUUGCCGAAGGCGAGCUUCCUCAACUGCCGUCACACCUCGAUGGUGUCAAAGGGUCCAUGUCUCCUCCCAAAAAGCGGACCUACAUUCGCCGUGACGCCCAACGCCGCAAGCAGCAGAACGCGCAGGCACAGAAGAAAUUCCGCAUGAAGAAGAAGGCUGCAGCCGAGCAGAUGCGCAUCGAACUCGACGAGCAACGGGCUGUGAUCGAUGACUUGCGGGCCAAACACACGAGCCUCAACAACCUCCUCCAAGAGAAGAACGCCCUCCUCAUCCGCCUGCGCAACGACAAUGGCCGCCUCAAGCACGACCUCGACACGUGCCGCUGUGGCGCGUACGAACGAAGUAAAGAACGCGACAGGAAGUUUAACGACUAUGAUGUGCCGAUGGAGUAG